CUUCACCCGCCCCGGAACCCACGCAUUAGUGUCUUGUCACACUUCUUGCGCUACCACUACCGCCACCGCACCCUGCUAGUUCGUUCACCCAAUCACCCACCGAUCACCCGCUCACCUUCCGCUUCGGCGCAGAUUCGCACAUCAUGGCUAUCAUGAAGAACUUCAUCGACAGCUUCAAGGCCAAGAAGCUCGAGGGCGGAUCUCCCGGUGCCGACGUUGAGAAGGCUUCCCUCGACAAUGUCAGGGAUCUCGGAAAUGACCAAUACUCAAACGUCCAGGGAGUCGUAGUCGAUGAUCAAGGUCGAAGGCUUACCACUGCCGAGACUGGACUUAAGAGGAACCUCAGCGGCCGACACAUGCAGAUGAUUGCCUUUGGUGGUGCCAUCGGUACUGGUCUCUUCAUCGGUUCUGGAGGUGCCCUCUCCACCGGUGGUCCAGCUUCUCUGCUCAUGGACUUCAUUAUCAUGGGUGUCCUCCUUGCCUGCACAGUUCUCGCUCUCGGUGAGAUGGCCACCACUCUCCCCGUCGCUGGAUCCUUUGCUGCAUACUCGUCUCGUUUCAUCGACCCCGCCUGGGGUUUCGCUAUGGGCUGGAACUACUGGAUGCAAUGGUUUGUCGUCUUGCCCUUGGAGCUCGUCGCUGCUUCCAUUGUCAUCGACUACUGGGACCCCAACGCUACUAUUCCUCGUGGAGUCUGGGUCGUAAUCUUCAUCGUUGCCAUCUCGAUCAUCAACUUCUUCGGUGUCCGAGGAUACGGAGAAUUCGAGUUCAUUGCCUCCAUGGUCAAGAUUCUGGCUAUCCUUGGUUUCAUCAUUGCCGGAAUCGUCAUCAACUGUGGUGGCGCUCCCAACGGACAGUACCUGGGAGACAAUGCCUGGUACGCUGAGCCCGGCCUCGCCUUCAGGAACGGAUUCAAGGGAUGGUGCUCCGUCUUUGUCACUGCUGCCUUUGCCUUUGCCGGUACUGAGCUGAUCGGUCUGGCCGCUGCUGAGUCUGCCGACCCCCGAAAGGAGGUACCAAAGGCCACCAAGCAGGUCUUCUACCGUAUCUUCUUCUUCUACAUUGUCACCCUGCUCCUGGUUACCCUUAUCGUUCCUGCCAGCGACCCGCGACUGCUCGGAGGUACAAGCAGUUACGAUGCUCGCGCUUCGCCCUUCGUCAUUGCUAUCAACAUUGGUCAGAUCAAGGUGCUCCCCAGUAUCUUCAACGCAGUCAUUCUAGUUUCUGUCCUGUCAGUCGGUAACUCUUCAGUCUACGGUGCCAGCCGAACCCUCUCGGGUCUCGCCCAGAUGGGUCUCGCUCCCAAGAUCUUCUGCUUCAUCGACCGAGCUGGCCGACCCGUGCCUGCCGUCGUCCUCUCUCUGCUCUUUGGUUUCCUCGCCUUCCUGGUCUACUCGGCCUCGCAGAACGACGUCUUCAACUGGCUCUACGCCACUUGUGGUCUCUCGUCGAUCUUCACCUGGGGAUCCAUCUGCCUGUGCCACAUUCGAUUCCGCAAGGCUUGGAAGCUGCAGGGUCUGACCAAGGAGCACCUGCCUUGGGCCUCGCCCAUGGGUGUUUGGGGUUCGUGGCUCGGUCUCGCCCUCAACAUCAUUGUGCUCAUUGCUCAGUUCUACAAGGCUGGCUGGCCCAUUGGAGAGGGUGACAUGACUGGCAGCGAGCGUGCGGUCAACUUCUUCCAGAGUUACCUCUCCGCCCCCAUCGUCCUCGUCUUCUGGGCCAUUGGAUACUUUGUCGUCCAGGGUGCUGGAUGGGUGCCCGUCUCCCAGAUCGACGUCACUACUGGUCGACGUGAGGCUCCUUCUCUCGAGGUACUCCGUGCCGAGCGACAGGCUAUCAAGGACCAGCCCUUCUACAAGAGGGUGGCUUCUUUCCUCUUCUAAGAUGGCGUCCCUCCGGUCUCUGCAGCCUCCUCGUGCACUACUUUUCUCUCCAAAUUUCAUGCGAUACCUCUUCCGUCUUUCUCACUCGCCUUCGUCUCUAACUAGAGCUCGUUUCACCCCCUCUUCCCGAUCGCCCUUUCCUACGAUCGCCGCACUGUACA